AUGGAAAGAAAUGAUGAUUCAGUUGAUUUAUAUACAAUUUUGAAACGUGAUGAACAACUUCUUCAACAUCCAACUCCUCCAUCAUCAGUACUAAAGGCAAUACCAUUUAAAUCAAAUACAAGUAAAUUUCUUGUACCAACAUUUGGACAAGUUUUUUAUACAGAUGGCUAUUCAUCAAUGAAACAAGAUGAUUAUUAUGAAAGAACUUUAUUUGAAGAAGAAAUGGAAGUACCAUCAAUUGGUACAGAUAAAAAAAAUUUUGAUAUGGCUGAAAUGAUUACAUUUGAUAUACUUGGUUCAUCAACACGUUUACCAUUAAUGUGUAAAAUGAUUAUUUAUCAACAAGGUGCAACACAUGAACGUGAACCACCAAUACUUGUACGUGAUAUAUGUAUUCAAUGGGAUGGAAUUGAUCGACCACGUCGAAAUAGUUUCGAUAGCUUAUCAUCAAAUAAAAAAAAUCGAAAUGAAUAUGGCUUAGAACGCGCAAGAAGUAGUGAUUAUUUAUUAGAUCAUUCGAUAAAAUUUGGACCGAGAAGAGGUCUAAAUGAAACAAAUCGAUGUUUAUCAAUGGCAUCAUCCAUGACAGAAGAUGAUGAUGCAUCAUCCAUAAUGACAGCCGGCGGUACGAUACAACAUCGUGUAUCUCAUUUACUACAUCGUCAUAGAUAUCUACGUCAGAUAGAUACAACUAUACUUGGUCGUCAUGAAUUUUAUUCUGUUCCAUUUUAUCAAUAUCGUGGACGUCGAUAUGGACAAAAAGAUAUUGAAAUACAAACAAAUGAGUCUGAUUUAAAUAAUACGCUUAGUCAUACUAAUAAUUUAGAUGCAACAACAUAUUCCGUAACAAUUAUUUUUCCAAUACGUGAUCGUAAUGAUAUUAUGGAUACUUAUUUAAAUAUUUCUAGAAUAUUUCAUGUUAAUAUACCAGUUAAUCAUAAAUCAAAACAUACAACUAUUGGAUAUAUAAAUACGCAACCAUUUGUUACUAUUAAACGAACAAUUCGUGGUCAAAUUGUUUAA